GUUAACGACCGAUGGACUAAGUGCAAGUUAAGAAGUUACGAAGCAGUGUACAUCCACUACUCGCGGCGAUAGCUAGUCAAGCGUGUCCUCGUCUCUUGGACGACACAAGGACAAGUUGGUAUGAAGUGCUACCAAGAGUCACCGAAUAUCAUUACGGUUUUCUUCAUCAUCUCACUUUGGAUGCCCAGAGAAAGAUGCAUCGAGCUGCGACCCCCUGACUAUGACCGACACCUGGCACCAAGGAAUAAAGACGGGGGACCAGUAACCAUAUAUUUAUCUGUGAUGAUCAGCUCUGUGAACGAAGUGAACGAAAAGGAUAUGGAGCUGAUCCUUGGGGUAUUCUUUCGAACGAGCUGGACGGACCCAAGACUUGUCGUGCCCAAAGACCUCUUCAACAAGACCACCGAGUCGCUGGUGCUGUCGCAGGAGUUUAUACGUGACCUCAAACUCUGGCUUCCCGAUCCCUACAUAGAAAGAGUCAAGAAAAUCGAGACAGCUUCGAUGUUACAACCUUUCGUUGGAGCCAGACUUUAUAAAAAUGGCAAGAUUCUAAUUAGUCAGAUGUUUAUCAUAACACUGAGCUGUCCGAUGUUCUUCCAAGACUUUCCGUUCGACACCCAGACAUGCUACCUGGAGAUUGCUAGCUAUUUCUAUGGUGUAAAAGACGUUGCUUUCGGAUGGCAUCUGUACGGAAUAGCGACUUCGAAAGACAUUCCUGCUCUCUUGGGGGACUAUGAAUUUCAAUUUCAAGUCCAAAACACAACGGUCUGCAGUGUGCCCGAAUACGUUAACGGUGACUACCCAUGUCUAAAAGCUUUCAUGCGGUUCAAGAGACGAUUCAAGAACUACCUCCUCGGCGUCUACGUCCCGUCUCUGCUGUUUGUGGCCGUGGCUUGGGCUUCCUUUUUCUGGCCUCCCGAAGCUGUGCCCGCUCGAACCGUCUUGCUCAUAACUUGCCUCCUCACUAUGAUCUCGCUUUAUUCUGGCGUUCAGGCCGUGACUCCUCCAGCGAACUAUACCCGUGCCAUUGACGUCUGGUUCUUCGCUUGCAUCCUGGCGGUCUCGAUGGCCUUGUUCCAGUACGCUGUCAUCUUGCAAUUAAGGUCUAAGCAACUUCAAGCUUCAAGGCAAUCCACAGAAUAUGUAACGGGACUCAAUUCCGUUGGGCCCAUCAUGGAAAACUUGCCUGAGAAGAAAUCGUCUUCAACUGAAGAAUACUGGACGAAGAUUGAACACAAAGUGGAAUGGGGGGCGAGAGUUUUGUAUUUAGUUGUGUUCUUUGUAUUUAAUAUUUUAUACUGGACCAUUUACCUGAGAUAGUUCAUAGCUCGUAUGUAACGAUUGUAAGUAUUUAUGUAGAUAAGCGA